AUGUUUGAAAAGAGCGAAAAAUUCCCUGAGGGAUGGUUUUUCAUCAAGAACAACAGCAAUGGCUAUGUCUUGAUGGUGGAUAACGAAUCUCAAGAAUCUGGCAGCCCUAUCGUGCUUGCUACUUUGCGUACCAAGGAUUACGCUUCUCAACUUUGGAGACAUGACCCCAACGGCUAUCUUGUCAAUAAGAAAUCAGGCCAAGUGAUGGAUGUUGCUAAAGGCACACCAAAGGCUGGCGUCGACAUUGUGCAACAAACCCAAGCUGGUAGCAAUGUCAAGGAUGAUUUAAACUUUCAAAAAUUCGGCCUCUCUCCCUAUGGUCAUAUCUACUUGGCUAAUAAGCCCUCUCUUAUUUUGGGUAUCAAGGAAUCGUUCUUUGCUCGUCGUGAAGGCCUCCAUGUCCAUCUCCAACUGGUGGACAAGCGCCAUCUGGAUCGCAAGGAACAACGUUGGGAUUUUGUGCUUCCUGUUGUCAGGGAGGCAUCAUCCGAGUCUUUGAAGAGAAGCGCUAGCUCCAGUACAGUCAAGAGUACUACUGCCAGCAUCAAGGUGCCUGCUGUCGCUCAAAUUAAGGAAGAUGAUACUCGCUCAGUCCACUCUACCGCUGAAUCCACCUGUUCCAGCAUCGAUCAUGCCGAUGCCAAUGCUGUUCCCACUGGGUCCUUCCCUGACACUGCCUUCUUCUUGAAGUCAGAUGCUUCUGGUUUGUAUAUCAGCAUUGAAAACGAAACUUCUGUUACCUCUGGUACUCAGUUGACCAUCGACAGUCUUCGCAAGAAAAACUACGAUAGUCAGCUCUGGACCUAUGAUGUCGCAUCUCAACGCAUUGUCAACAAAUUCUCUGGUCUCGUUCUCGGUAUUGAGCGCAAUGCCGUCAAGGAUGGAUCUGAUAUCAUUCAAACCACCUCAUCUGCUGCUGAAGAUAGAUCUCAAGCUUGGAUUUUGUCCCCCGAAGGAGAGAUUACUUUGAAGAGCAAUGACGGCUUUGUUAUCGGUUUCAAGGAAAGCUGGUUUGGUAAUCGUGAAGGUGCUCAUCUUCAUUUGCAAAAGAGAAACAAGGGACAUCAACAUCAAAAGUUCACCGUUGUUUUACCCAUCUUCAAAAAGAGCACCGAGACCACUGUCAAAACUGAACAGCGCGGUGUGUUCCCCGAUGGUUGGUUCUUUGUCAAGAGUCAAGCUCGCGGUCUUGUUCUCACAGUGCUAGAAACGGGUGUCAUUGCUGCCGAGGUGGCUGCUACCAAGCUUGAUACUUCCAACUAUUCACGUCAGCUCUGGAAAUACAGUGAAGGCUACAUUAUCAACAAGGCUUCUAACAUGGUCUUGGAUGUUCGCGGUGGCUCCAUUGAAAAUGGCGCUAGUAUCUGCCAAUACACCCGCAAGGAGAAGGACAACAAGAACCAGCAAUGGGCGUUGACCCCUGAAGGUGUUAUUUUCCUCGAAGUCAACAGAAAGUUUGUUCUGACUGUUAAGGAAAGCGAGGCAGUUCGUUCCAAGCUGUACUUGUCUGAGAGAAAGGCUGGACACAAGGAGCAAUGUUGGAAUUUUGUCCUACCUGUAUUCAAAAAGAAGCAAACUGCCUCUACUGCUAUUACCAAAAUCAACACCUUCCGUUAUGCUACUUAUCCUUCCGGAUGGUUUUUUAUUCGCUCUUUUGUCUAUGGCUCAACCACUGAAAGCCCUCUCGUGUUGACUGCAAAGAACGAAAAUUCAAUCGAAUUGACCUUGCUUGACCGUGAGCACUGGCAGCAUCAACUUUGGACAUAUUCAUCUGGUAGACUCAUCAACUACGCCACUGAUCUCGUCAUUGAUAUACCAUCCGCUUCAAUUGGUGCUGACCUUAUUCAAAGCAAGAGUGCCGCCCAAAAAUGGUAUAUGACCACCGAUGGCUAUCUUAUAUAUGGCCAAUCCGACGAUAAGCUAGCCCUUUCAGUCGAGACUCAAGGUAAAAACAAGUAUCGUCUUACCCUCUGUAGCCACAAGUACUCCCAAGAGCUGCGUUGGGGUUUCUUGAUUCCCAAAUUUGGUUAUCGCUCCGGUAUCCAAACGCUCUCUCACUGGUCCAUUGCCAUCCUCAAAGAAUGGCGUAUCACUACUACCACUACCACAACAACCAAGAAGUUUGUCCAUCAACCUGUUGCUGAAUGGCCUCAAGGCGAGUUCUACAUUAGCGGCCCAGACGGUCACGCUUUGGCUCCUGAGAAAUCAGAAACUGGAUCUGCUUUGAUCAUGAAGAAAUUGGAGAUCAACAGCGAGAGCAUCUUCAAAUGGACUUUCCGCAACGGCUAUCUCGUGCAUUGUGCUACGGGUCUUGUCAUGCGCGCCCAAGACAAUUUUGCUCAAGGCGGUAAGCUUCAACUGAGCUCUGAAGUGAGCGGCGAUCUUCAUCAAUCAUGGACAUUGAGAACCGACGGCACUAUUAUUUCGAAAAAGGACGAACAGUUCGGUCUUGGGCUCGUUCAAGUCAACGGUAGCUGGACCAUUCAAAUUGUCACUACAAGCUAUUAUGCCUGGAGAAUCCUCUACGGUAGAUACGAAACCCGCUAUUCCGAGCAAGAGAAGAGAGAGAUUUCAUACCUUGUCAGCUUCCAAAGAGUUGUAUUGACUCUCUGGACUAUUCGCAAACACGACGAUGUGGAGCGCAAAUUGGUCACUCAUUCAUAUGGUGUAUUCCCCAAGGGCUGGAUCUUUAUUCGCUCCAAGUGUGAUGAUAGUCUUCUUAUGACUGUAUCUGACAAGAAAAAGGGUGCCAAGCUGAUCUUAAGCAAGUUGGAUUCCAAGAUCUACAGACGCCAACUCUGGAGAUACCGUGAAGAUGGCUGUCUUGUCAACUUUGAUACUGAUUAUGUGAUUGAUGUUGCUGGUGGUAAGCUGUUCUCCAACGCCAAUAUCAUUCAAUGGAGCCCCAAGUUUUUGCGUUCCAGCCGCAAGAAUCAAAUGUGGAGUCUCAGCGUCCAUGGCCAUAUUCACCCUCGUUCCAACUCUGAUUUGGUGCUUAGCUCUGUUGGUAGCCAUGCCAAAGAAGGCGCUGAAUUGAAACUGAUCAAGCGCGGUGAUUUGAGCCUCGAUUAUCAACAAUGGUCUUUUGCUACUCCCGUCUUUAGCAAAUGCACCCACACUACUUUUGCCGCUCAACAAGCUCACAAGGACAGCCUCGUAUUUGAAAAGGUUGGCAGCAGUUGCUCCAUCGCCGAGUCCAGCUCUGAACGCUAUGAACGUGUGACCAAGAAGACCAUUGUACGUCGUUGGGGUGUCUUCCCUGAGGGUGGCUUCUUUAUCCGUUGCGCUCAUGGCAGCAAGAAAUUGGCAUUGACAGUUGAGCGCGAUGAGACUACCAAUCAAUACAGAAUUGUCAUUCGUUCAUUGAACUUCAAGGCUUACAAGUGGCAAUUAUGGACUUACAGCAACGGCUAUUUGAUCAAUGAGCAGACUGGCUUUGUUCUUGAUGCUCAAGCCAAAGAGGAUAUUGCUAUUGAGGGUGAACAAUCACAAGUUUAUCUCAAGGAGAAGGCUUUCAAUGAAGGUCAAUUCUGGGACCUUGGCGUCAAUGGUGAAAUUCAUUUGAGAUCCAACGAGAGACUGAGUAUUGGUGUUGCUCACUCUGGUGAUGCAUCUGUUGAGGGUGCUCAGGUAGGUAUCAGUAAGAUUAGAAUCGUGCGUACUAAUGUAGAUGGCAAGCAAGUCUCUGCCUUGAAGUCCGAUGAAUGGCUGCGCUGGUCUUUCUCUAAGCCUAUCUUUGGUAAGCGUACUGGUGCUACUACUACUGAAGGUGAAUCCAGCUUAGAAAUUGAAAACUGUGAGGAGCAUGCCGUUGCUGUCAAGGAGCAGGAUGUGGAGUUAAAUGAUGAAGAGGAGGAAGAAGAGGAGGAAGAAGAAGAGGAGGAGGAGCAAGAGGAAGCUGAAGCUGCAUUGAAGGAUGCUGUUGAUGAUAGUGAGUUUGAGAUCCAAACGCCUGUUCAAACACCAUCAUCCUCAUCCAACACAUCUGCUUCUGCUUCUGGUGUCGCUAUUGUCGCUGCUGGUACUGUUGUAGCUGUUGCUGCUGGCACCACAGCCAACGUUGUCACUAGUUCACCUGCCACAGAGGAGAAAGCCGCCAUAGCCACCGUUACUGCAGUGGAAUCCACUGCCAAGACUGACAUUGUUGCUACUGUUGAAACCCCUGCCAAGGUGGAUAACACCACUAGUGCGCCUGCUAGCCCUGUCUUGAAGAAGUCUGAUUCUACUAAAUCUCAAAAGUUGACUCGCAAGGACUCUUUCCAAUUAGAAGAGAACUAUAUUCCUACUGGCUUUGAGAAGAUUGUUCGCUACAAGUCUCAUCAUGGUGGCUAUCCUUCUGGUUACUUCUUUAUCAAGAGUUCUUUGCACGGCUAUGUUUUGGAUGUUGUGGGUGAUGUCAAGGAGGGUAGUUAUGCUGUGUUGACCAGAAUGAAGUCCACUGAUUUUGCUAGUCAAAUGUGGUCUUUCCAAAAUGGCUUCUUGGUGAACCUCAAGGGCCGUGUGUUGGUCUUGGAUGCUGCUAAUGCUGCUCUUGUUGCUGGUGAGCGUGUUCACCUUGCUACACGCAACUCUAAGGCUGAAGGUUUCGAUGAUCAAACCUGGGAGUACUCUGCUGAGGGCUACAUCCAUCUCAAGUCUAAGCGUUCCUUUGUUUUGUCUCUCAAGGAAACUAAGCGUUCUGACAAGUACACUCAAAUUGAUGUCUAUGUUCAGGAGGCCAAGGCUCUUGUCAAGAAGCAAGCUCGUCCUGAACAGCAUUGGGAAAUUUUGGUGCCUGCAUUGAUCCCUGUCAGUCAAGGUGAAUCUGGCGUCAAGAUCAUUGAAUCUGGAAAGAUUGAAAAGGUCACUAGCUCUGCUUCUGCUAUCAUCUCUUACAAAUGGCUCAAGGAGACUUACUGCCACAAGGUUACCUCUCAAAACCAAUGGCCUGGCACUGAAGGUUGGUUCUUUAUUCGCUUUGGCAGCGAGAACCACUUCCUCGCUGCUGGUGAUUCUGCUCAAAGUCAAAUUGGUCUCUACGAGAUUGCUCACGAGUUGGACUACAGAAGAUUCUUGUGGACUUACAUUGAUGGCUAUUUAAUUAACUACAGAUACAUGCUUCGUCUAGUCUUGAGUAAUUCUCAUCGCUGGAUCUUGUCAAACUCUCAUAACACGCUCAACCAAAAUUUCUACAUUCAUGCCAAUGGAUCCAUCUCUGUCAGAAUCUCCAAGACCAUCUACUACAUUCGCUUCAUUCGUACCAAGUCUGGUGCUUACACUUUGGAUGUCACUUCUGAUAGUACCUCCAAGGAGACUCAAGGUUUGGAGCUCCAUAUUCCUGUCAUCUCUGAUGCUGAAUACCAGAAGAAAUCUGUAUUGGCCAUCUCCUCUGCCAAUGCCUGGAUCCGUAAGCAAAAGUCUGAUUGGAGCAUCUUGACCAGCACCACUGCUCGCAGAGGUGUAUUCCCUGCUUCUGCUUGGUUCUUUAUCAAGGCUUCCUACAAGGGUUCUGACGAGCUGGUUCUUUCUGUUCAAGAAUCUAGCUCUCAACUGGUAUUGAAGAAAUUGGAUUUCAAGUCUUUCAAGAAUCAGUUGUGGACUUACAAUGACGGCCUUUUGAUUAACUAUGGUAGCAAGUUUGUUAUUGAUGUUCAAGGGUCUGUUGCCGUUAAGUCCAGCAUUAUCCAUGCUGCCGAGGCUGGCGUCAGCACUCAAAAGUGGUAUUUGACAGCUGAGGGCCGUAUUGAGCUUGAUAGCCACGAUUUUUAUGUGAUUGGUUGCGACAGUUUCAAGGAUGGUGCUCGCGUUUUGCUUGGCUCCUCUAGAACAUCAAGCUCUGUCAAGAUUAUUCAAUGGAGAUUCUCUACCCCUAUCUUUGGCAAGAGAACAACCACCACCACUACCAACACCAUCACUGACAUCACCAAUGAAAUUGAAAACGGUGCUGUUAUUGAAGGUGCCAGCGAAGUUGAAUCUACCAACAAGUCUCAAUUGGUUCUUACUCGUAGAACUACCAAGCACACUUAUAUCAUUUAUCGCGAGUCUCGUCUGAUCAUUCGUUGGUGGAGAAUCAUCUUUAUUCGUCGUUUAUCUACUUGCCGCACUCAGAAGGAAUACCUCGAAGUUAUUGAACAAUAUCGCCAAAUCUUGUAUAGCCGUUUUGCUCAAUACUUGGAAGUGUACGGUUCCUCUAUCACUAAGGAAGAGCGUAACGCAUUGGAGGUUACCAUUGAAGAGACCAAGUCUACUCUUGAGACAGAAGUGUUUACCAAAUCCGCAACUUAUCUCAAGACAUUGAAGUCUGACCAAGAAGUUUCUUCCGAGCACCUGGAUGUAUCUGCUGUUGUCACUGGCUGUUGUCACUCUAUUGAUAAGAAGUAUGAAAGCAUCAUUGCCAAGGCCGAGAAGGAGUCUGCUGUCACCAAGGACACCACUACCACCACUGGCUCUACUUGUCAACAAGUUGCCAAGCAUUACGAAUCGGAAGCUGAAGCUGUCGAUGGCGUUCUUGUCGUUGUCGACACUAUUCAAAUUACUAUUCGCUAUUGGUUCAGAACUCUGUAUGGUCGUAUCUUUGAGGCCUCAAAGAAGGGCGCCAAGAAGGAGGAAAUUGACGUUUUAAUCGAGAACUCUCAAAAGGAUCUUCAGAGCCAAUUGACCGAGAUUAGCGAGGCCACUUCAACUGCUUUAUCUGGCUCUGCAACCCUCUCUGAAGAGUACAAAAAGACAUUUGAAAAGUCUAUUACCGCUGUCAUUGAGAAGUCUAAGUCUGAAAUUGACCAUUUCGUCUCUAAUGUGGAUGUCUCUACAGUUACUACUGUUGACAACUGGAACAAGAUGACUAGUGCUGUUGACCAUACUUUGUCCUUGAAGUUCCAUGAAUGCAAAAACACUGUUCAAGAUGUUGAUGCUGUUCAAGUGUUGGAAAGCGAAAAGGAGGAAUCUGUUCAAAUCACCGAGGAAGAAGUUGAAAGCUCCAAGCUUGAGAUUGUCACAACACUUGCUGAAUCCAAGGCUUACAUCAUUUCUUGGUUCACCAACGUUUACAAGGACAUCUCCUGGUCUGUUGAAUCUAGCUCUAGCACAAAGGAAGACAUCUUGACCAUUGUUGAUGCUGCUGAACUUGACAUCAUCUCCAAGAUUGACGAGUCUGUUGCCUUGUUGUCUGUCUUAUCUUCUAGCCUCACUUACCUUUCAUGGACUGAACGCCGUCGUCUUGUUACUUACUACAUUAGCAUGAAAACCUACCUUUUGGCCAACUUGAAGAGAUUCAGAGCUUCUAUUGCUGAUUCUGACAAGGAAUCCAUUCUCAAGAUUUGUCAAUCUACUUUCAAUGAGCAAGAACAAAUUGAUAUCAUCAAGAACAUUGAUUAUAUUUUGGAGAAUGUUUCAGUUACCACCACAAGUACUUCAACUACUGCUUCUGGAGCCAUUGUUACCGAAGAGAAGGAGAACAGGGUUGUCGAUAUCAUUGUCAAGGACACAGAUUCUGUUGCUGUGGGUGUUAUCUCUGGUAGUGAGACUAUUUCUCAAGUUGAAACCAUCACCAAGGAGUCAGGUUCAAUCUCUACCGGUGUUGUUCAUGGCGAAACCGAAACCUCAUCCAAGGUGGACGUUAUCACAGGAGGCUCUGAAUCCGUUACUGUGGGUGUCAUCUCUGGCAAGAUCAUUGACGAAAAGGAGACUUCUUCCAUUGAAACUGAGGCCAAGAAAUCUACUUCCGCCACUAUUGACGUUAUUGAAACAGGAAAAUCUUCAUCUGCUGUAGCCAAGGAUACCGAAGUUGACACUAUCACUUCUGGUGAAAAGACCGAAUCUACCACUGCCGGUAAGAUUACUGGGGAAGCCACAUCCAACAUCUCCACUGGCAUAGCUUCUGGUAUUGUGGUUGGUGUUGCUGCUGGCAUCGCUGCUGAAGUUAUUUCUCAUGGCAAGGGAUCUUCUUCUAACGUCGAUAUCAUCCACAAUGAUUCAGAAUCCGUAACUGUUGGUAUCAUUGAUAACAAGAAAUCUACUACCCAAAACGAUAAAUUAGACUCUGUCAGUAUCAUCGUUGGCGGCGUAUCAGAUGAAACUAGCCGUCCAACUAAACAAACCGACACCACCACUAUCGGCAUCAUCGCCAGUGAGAAGGACACUACCACCACUACCACUGAAGUCACUGAGACUGAGUCAUCCACUAUCGACAUUGUCUCUGGUGACAAGGACACCAUCACUAAGGCUGAAGGUUCCGCUGUUGGUAUUGUAGUUGCUGGUGGUUCUACUGGUAAGGUUGAUGUUACCACUGAAGAGUCUGGCUCUGUCACUGUCGUUGCUGGUGAGAAGGACACUACCACCACUACCACUGAAGUUACUGAGACUGAGUCAUCUACUAUCGACAUUGUCUCUGGUGAGAAGGACACCAUCACUAAGGCUGAAGGUUCUGCAGUUGGUAUUGUAGUUGCUGGUGGUUCUACUGGCAAGGUUGAUGUUACUACUGAAGAGUCUGGCUGUGUCACUGUCGUUGCUGGUGAGAAGGAUACCACCACCACUACCACUGAAGUUACUGAGACUGAGUCAUCCACUAUCGACAUUGUCUCUGGUGAGAAGGACACCAUCACUAAGGCUGAAGGUUCUGCAGUUGGUAUUGUAGUUGCUGGUGGUUCUACUGGCAAGGUUGAUGUUACUACUGAAGAGUCUGGCUGUGUCACUGUCGUUGCUGGUGAGAAGGAUACCACCACCACUACCACUGAAAUCACUGAGACUGAGUCAUCCACUAUCGACAUUGUCUCUGGUGAGAAGGACACCAUCACUAAGGCUGAAGGUUCUGCAGUUGGUAUUGUAGUUGCUGGUGGUUCUACUGGCAAGGUUGAUGUUACCACUGAAGAGUCUGGCUGUGUCACUGUCGUUGCUGGUGAGAAGGACACUACCACCACUACCACUGAAAUCACUGAGACUGAGUCAUCUACUAUCGACAUUGUCUCUGGUGAGAAGGACACCAUCACUAAGGCUGAAGGUUCCGCUGUUGGUAUUGUAGUUGCUGGUGGUUCUGCUGGUAAGGUUGAUGUUACCACUGAAGAAUCUGGCUCUGUCACUGUCGUUGCUGGCGAGAAGGACACUACCACCAUUACCACUGAAGUCACUGAGACUGAGUCAUCCACUAUCGACAUUGUCUCUGGUGAGAAGGACACCAUCACUAAGGCUGAAGGUUCCGCUGUCGGUAUUGUAGUUGCUGGUGGUUCUACUGGCAAGGUUAAUGUUACUACUGAAGAGUCUGGCUCUGUUACUAUCGUUGCUGGUGAGAAGGACACUACCACCACUACCACUGAAGUUACUGAGACUGAGUCAUCUACUAUCGACAUUGUCUCUGGUGAGAAGGACACCAUCACUAAGGCUGUAGGUUCCGCUGUCGGUAUUGUAGUUGCUGGUGGUUCUACUGGCAAGGUUGAUGUUACCACUGAAGAGUCUGGCUCUGUUACUAUCGUUGCUGGUGAGAAGGACACUACCACCACUACCACUGAAAUCACUGAGACUGAGUCAUCCACUAUCGACAUUGUCUCUGGUGAGAAGGACACCAUCACUAAGACUGAAGGUUCCGCUGUUGGUAUUGUAGUUGCUGGUGGUUCUGCUGGUAAGGUUGAUGUUACCACUGAAGAGUCUGGCUCUGUCACUGUCGUUGCUGGCGAGAAGGACACUACCACCACUACCACUGAAGUUACUGAGACUGAGUCAUCUACUAUCGACAUUGUCUCUGGUGAGAAGGACACCAUCACUAAGGCUGAAGGUUCUGCAGUUGGUAUUGUAGUUGCUGGUGGUUCUACUGGCAAGGUUGAUGUUACCACUGAAGAAUCUGGCUUUGUCACUGUCGUUGCUGGCGAGAAGGACACUACCACCACUACCACUGAAGUCACUGAGACUGAGUCAUCCACUAUCGACAUUGUCUCUGGUGAGAAGGAUACCAUCACUAAGGCUGAAGGUUCCGCUGUUGGUAUUGUAGUUGCUGGUGGUUCUGCUGGUAAGGUUGAUGUUACCACUGAAGAAUCUGGCUCUGUCACUGUCGUUGCUGGCGAGAAGGACACUACCACCAUUACCACUGAAGUCACUGAGACUGAGUCAUCUACUAUCGACAUUGUCUCUGGUGAGAAGGACACCAUCACUAAGGCUGAAGGUUCUGCAGUUGGUAUUGUAGUUGCUGGUGGUUCUACUGGCAAGGUUGAUGUUACCACUGAAGAAUCUGGCUCCGUUACUAUCGUUGCUGGUGAGAAGGAUACUACCACCACUACCACUGAAAUCACUGAGACUGAGUCAUCUACUAUCGACAUUGUCUCUGGUGAGAAGGACACCAUCACUAAGGCUGAAGGUUCUGCAGUUGGUAUUGUAGUUGCUGGUGGUUCUACUGGCAAGGUUGAUGUUACCACUGAAGAGUCUGGCUGUGUCACUGUCGUUGCUGGUGAGAAGGACACUACCACCACUACCACUGAAAUCACUGAGACUGAGUCAUCCACUAUCGACAUUGUCUCUGGUGAGAAGGACACCAUCACUAAGACUGAAGGUUCCGCUGUUGGUAUUGUAGUUGCUGGUGGUUCUGCUGGUAAGGUUGAUGUUACCACUGAAGAGUCUGGCUCUGUCACUGUCGUUGCUGGCGAGAAGGACACUACCACCACUACCACUGAAGUUACUGAGACUGAGUCAUCCACUAUCGACAUUGUCUCUGGUGAGAAGGACACCAUCACUAAGGCUGAAGGUUCCGCUGUCGGUAUUGUAGUUGCUGGUGGUUCUACUGGCAAGGUUGAUGUUACUACUGAAGAGUCUGGCUCUGUUACUAUCGUUGCUGGUGAGAAGGACACUACCACCACUACCACUGAAAUCACUGAGACUGAGUCAUCCACUAUCGACAUUGUCUCUGGUGAGAAGGACACCAUCACUAAGGCUGAAGGUUCCGCUGUCGGUAUUGUAGUUGCUGGUGGUUCUACUGGCAAGGUUAAUGUUACUACUGAAGAGUCUGGCUCUGUCACUGUCGUUGCUGAUGAGAAGGACACUACCACCACUACCACUGAAGUCACUGAGACUGAGUCAUCCACUAUCGACAUUGUUUCUGGUGAGAAGGACACCAUCACUAAGACUGAAGGUUCUGCAGUUGGUAUUGUAGUUGCUGGUGGUUCUGCUGGCAAGGUUGAUGUUACCACUGAAGAGUCUGGCUGUGUCACUGUCGUUGCUGGUGAGAAGGACACUACCACCACUACCACUGAAGUUACUGAGACUGAGUCAUCUACUAUCGACAUUGUCUCUGGUGAGAAGGACACCAUCACUAAGACUGAAGGUUCCGCUGUUGGUAUUGUAGUUGCUGGUGGUUCUGCUGGUAAGGUUGAUGUUACCACUGAAGAGUCUGGCUCUGUCACUGUCGUUGCUGGCGAGAAGGACACUACCACCACUACCACUGAAGUUACUGAGACUGAGUCAUCUACUAUCGACAUUGUCUCUGGUGAGAAGGACACCAUCACUAAGGCUGAAGGUUCUGCAGUUGGUAUUGUAGUUGCUGGUGGUUCUGCUGGUAAGGUUGAUGUUACCACUGAAGAGUCUGGCUCCGUUACUAUCGUUGCUGGUGAGAAGGAUACUACCACCACUACCACUGAAAUCACUGAGACUGAGUCAUCUACUAUCGACAUUGUCUCUGGUGAGAAGGAUACCAUCACUAAGGCUGAAGGUUCCGCUGUUGGUAUUGUAGUUGCUGGUGGUUCUGCUGGUAAGGUUGAUGUUACCACUGAAGAGUCUGGCUCUGUCACUGUCGUUGCUGGCGAGAAGGACACUACCACCACUACCACUGAAGUUACUGAGACUGAGUCAUCCACUAUCGACAUUGUCUCUGGUGAGAAGGACACCAUCACUAAGGCUGAAGGUUCCGCUGUCGGUAUUGUAGUUGCUGGUGGUUCUACUGGCAAGGUUAAUGUUACUACUGAAGAGUCUGGCUCUGUUACUAUCGUUGCUGGUGAGAAGGACACUACCACCACUACCACUGAAGUUACUGAGACUGAGUCAUCCACUAUCGACAUUGUCUCUGGUGAGAAGGACACCAUCACUAAGGCUGUAGGUUCCGCUGUCGGUAUUGUAGUUGCUGGUGGUUCUACUGGCAAGGUUGAUGUUACCACUGAAGAGUCUGGCUGUGUCACUGUCGUUGCUGGUGAGAAGGACACUACCACCACUACCACUGAAGUUACUGAGACUGAGUCAUCUACUAUCGACAUUGUUUCUGGUGAGAAGGACUCCAUCACUAAGACUGAAGGUUCUGCAGUUGGUAUUGUAGUUGCUGGUGGUUCUACUGGCAAGGUUGAUGUUACUACUGAAGAGUCUGGCUCUGUUACUAUCGUUGCUGGUGAGAAGGACACUACCACCACUACCACUGAAAUCACUGAGACUGAGUCAUCUACUAUCGACAUUGUUUCUGGUGAGAAGGACUCCAUCACUAAGACUGAAGGUUCCGCUGUUGGUAUUGUAGUUGCUGGUGGUUCUGCUGGUAAGGUUGAUGUUACCACUGAAGAGUCUGGCUCUGUCACUGUCGUUGCUGGCGAGAAGGACACUACCACCACUACCACUGAAAUCACUGAGACUGAGUCAUCUACUAUCGACAUUGUCUCUGGUGAGAAGGACACCAUCACUAAGACUGAAGGUUCUGCAGUUGGUAUUGUAGUUGCUGGUGGUUCUACUGGCAAGGUUGAUGUUACCACUGAAGAGUCUGGCUGUGUCACUGUCGUUGCUGGUGAGAAGGACACUACCACCACUACCACUGAAAUCACUGAGACUGAGUCAUCCACUAUCGACAUUGUCUCUGGUGAGAAGGACACCAUCACUAAGACUGAAGGUUCCGCUGUUGGUAUUGUAGUUGCUGGUGGUUCUGCUGGUAAGGUUGAUGUUACCACUGAAGAGUCUGGCUCUGUCACUGUCGUUGCUGGUGAGAAGGAUACUACCACCACUACCACUGAAGUUACUGAGACUGAGUCAUCUACUAUCGACAUUGUUUCUGGUGAGAAGGACACCAUCACUAAGACUGAAGGUUCUGCAGUUGGUAUUGUAGUUGCUGGUGGUUCUGCUGGUAAGGUUGAUGUUACUACUGAAGAGUCUGGCUGUGUCACUGUCGUUGCUGGUGAGAAGGAUACUACCACCACUACCACUGAAGUUACUGAGACUGAGUCAUCUACUAUCGACAUUGUUUCUGGUGAGAAGGACUCCAUCACUAAGACUGAAGGUUCCGCUGUUGGUAUUGUAGUUGCUGGUGGUUCUACUGGCAAGGUUGAUGUUACCACUGAAGAGUCUGGCUCUGUUACUAUCGUUGCUGGUGAGAAGGACACUACCACCACUACCACUGAAAUCACUGAGACUGAGUCAUCCACUAUCGACAUUGUCUCUGGUGAGAAGGACACCAUCACUAAGACUGAAGGUUCCGCUGUUGGUAUUGUAGUUGCUGGUGGUUCUGCUGGUAAGGUUGAUGUUACCACUGAAGAGUCUGGCUCCGUUACUAUCGUUGCUGGUGAGAAGGACACUACCACCACUACCACUGAAGUUACUGAGACUGAGUCAUCCACUAUCGACAUUGUCUCUGGUGAGAAGGACACCAUCACUAAGGCUGAAGGUUCCGCUGUCGGUAUUGUAGUUGCUGGUGGUUCUACUGGCAAGGUUAAUGUUACUACUGAAGAGUCUGGCUCUGUUACUAUCGUUGCUGGUGAGAAGGACACUACCACCACUACCACUGAAGUUACUGAGACUGAGUCAUCUACUAUCGACAUUGUCUCUGGUGAGAAGGACACCAUCACUAAGGCUGUAGGUUCCGCUGUCGGUAUUGUAGUUGCUGGUGGUUCUACUGGCAAGGUUGAUGUUACCACUGAAGAGUCUGGCUCUGUUACUAUCGUUGCUGGUGAGAAGGACACUACCACCACUACCACUGAAAUCACUGAGACUGAGUCAUCCACUAUCGACAUUGUCUCUGGUGAGAAGGACACCAUCACUAAGACUGAAGGUUCCGCUGUUGGUAUUGUAGUUGCUGGUGGUUCUACUGGCAAGGUUGAUGUUACCACUGAAGAGUCUGGCUCUGUCACUGCCGUUGCUGGUGAGAAGGACACUACCACCACUACCACUGAAGUUACUGAGACUGAGUCAUCUACUAUCGACAUUGUCUCUGGUGACAAGGACACCAUCACUAAGGCUGUAGGUUCCGCUGUCGGUAUUGUAGUUGCUGGUGGUUCUACUGGCAAGGUUGAUGUUACUACUGAAGAGUCUGGCUCUGUUACUAUCGUUGCUGGUGAGAAGGAUACUACCACCACUACCACUGAAAUCACUGAGACUGAGUCAUCUACUAUCGACAUUGUCUCUGGUGAGAAGGACACCAUCACUAAGACUGAAGGUUCUGCAGUUGGUAUUGUAGUUGCUGGUGGUUCUACUGGCAAGGUUGAUGUUACCACUGAAGAGUCUGGCUGUGUCACUGUCGUUGCUGGUGAGAAGGACACUACCACCACUACCACUGAAGUUACUGAGACUGAGUCAUCCACUAUCGACAUUGUUUCUGGUGAGAAGGACACCAUCACUAAGGCUGAAGGUUCUGCAGUUGGUAUUGUAGUUGCUGGUGGUUCUACUGGCAAGGUUGAUGUUACCACUGAAGAGUCUGGCUCUGUUACUAUCGUUGCUGGUGAGAAGGACACUACCACCACUACCACUGAAAUCACUGAGACUGAGUCAUCCACUAUCGACAUUGUCUCUGGUGAGAAGGACACCAUCACUAAGGCUGAAGGUUCUGCAGUUGGCAUUGUAGUUGCUGGUGGUUCUGCUGGUAAGGUUGAUGUUACCACUGAAGAGUCUGGCUCUGUCACUGUCGUUGCUGGUGAGAAGGACACUACCACCACUACCACUGAAAUCACUGAGACUGAGUCAUCUACUAUCGACAUUGUCUCUGGUGAGAAGGACACCAUCACUAAGACUGAAGGUUCUGCAGUUGGUAUUGUAGUUGCUGGUGGUUCUACUGGCAAGGUUGAUGUUACCACUGAAGAGUCUGGCUGUGUCACUGUCGUUGCUGGUGAGAAGGACACUACCACCACUACCACUGAAAUCACUGAGACUGAGUCAUCCACUAUCGACAUUGUCUCUGGUGAGAAGGACACCAUCACUAAGACUGAAGGUUCCGCUGUUGGUAUUGUAGUUGCUGGUGGUUCUGCUGGUAAGGUUGAUGUUACCACUGAAGAGUCUGGCUCUGUCACUGUCGUUGCUGGUGAGAAGGAUACUACCACCACUACCACUGAAGUUACUGAGACUGAGUCAUCUACUAUCGACAUUGUUUCUGGUGAGAAGGACACCAUCACUAAGACUGAAGGUUCUGCAGUUGGUAUUGUAGUUGCUGGUGGUUCUGCUGGCAAGGUUGAUGUUACUACUGAAGAGUCUGGCUCUGUUACUAUCGUUGCUGGUGAGAAGGAUACUACCACCACUACCACUGAAAUCACUGAGACUGAGUCAUCUACUAUCGACAUUGUCUCUGGUGAGAAGGACACCAUCACUAAGGCUGAAGGUUCUGCAGUUGGUAUUGUAGUUGCUGGUGGUUCUGCUGGCAAGGUUGAUGUUACUACUGAAGAAUCUGGCUCUGUUACUAUCGUUGCUGGUGAGAAGGAUACUACCACCACUACCACUGAAAUCACUGAGACUGAGUCAUCCACUAUCGACAUUGUCUCUGGUGAGAAGGACACCAUCACUAAGACUGAAGGUUCCGCUGUUGGUAUUGUAGUUGCUGGUGGUUCUGCUGGUAAGGUUGAUGUUACCACUGAAGAGUCUGGCUCUGUCACUGUCGUUGCUGGCGAGAAGGACACUACCACCACUACCACUGAAGUUACUGAGACUGAGUCAUCCACUAUCGACAUUGUCUCUGGUGAGAAGGACACCAUCACUAAGGCUGAAGGUUCUGCAGUUGGUAUUGUAGUUGCUGGUGGUUCUGCUGGCAAGGUUGAUGUUACUACUGAAGAGUCUGGCUCUGUUACUAUCGUUGCUGGUGAGAAGGAUACUACCACCACUACCACUGAAAUCACUGAGACUGAGUCAUCUACUAUCGACAUUGUCUCUGGUGAGAAGGACACCAUCACUAAGGCUGAAGGUUCUGCAGUUGGUAUUGUAGUUGCUGGUGGUUCUGCUGGCAAGGUUGAUGUUACUACUGAAGAGUCUGGCUGUGUCACUGUCGUUGCUGGUGAGAAGGAUACUACCACCACUACCACUGAAGUUACUGAGACUGAGUCAUCUACUAUCGACAUUGUUUCUGGUGAGAAGGACACCAUCACUAAGACUGAAGGUUCUGCAGUUGGUAUUGUAGUUGCUGGUGGUUCUACUGGCAAGGUUGAUGUUACCACUGAAGAGUCUGGCUCUGUCACUGUCGUUGCUGGUGAGAAGGACACUACCACCACUACCACUGAAAUCACUGAGACUGAGUCAUCCACUAUCGACAUUGUCUCUGGUGAGAAGGACACCAUCACUAAGGCUGAAGGUUCUGCAGUUGGCAUUGUAGUUGCUGGUGGUUCUGCUGGUAAGGUUGAUGUUACCACUGAAGAGUCUGGCUCUGUCACUGUCGUUGCUGGUGAGAAGGACACUACCACCACUACCACUGAAAUCACUGAGGCUGAGUCAUCUACUAUCGACAUUGUCUCUGGUGAGAAGGACACCAUCACUAAGGCUGAAGGUUCUGCAGUUGGUAUUGUAGUUGCUGGUGGUUCUGCUGGCAAGGUUGAUGUUACUACUGAAGAAUCUGGCUCUGUCACUAUCGUUGCUGGUGAGAAGGAUACUGCCACGACGGUCGAAUCAACUUCUAUCGGUACCAAGGUCCUUGGUGGUUUCUCUAGUAAGACGAACGUUGAUAUCGAAGAAUCUGGAUCUACCAGCAUUGUUACUGUUGAGAAGGAUGCUUGCACCAAGACGGAUAGUGCUAUUAUUGUUGCAGGGGCUUCUGGUUCUGACAAGAUUGAUACUGUCACCAAUGUAUCUGAUGUUGAGAAUACUGAAUCUAUCGAGGUUAUUUCAAAGGACUCUGAAAUGGACACAGCUGUCAAAGAGACUGAGUCACUUGUAGUUGGUGAAGUUGUCAAAGAACAUGAUUAUGUCGGUAAGACUACAGUGGCUGGAGGUGUUGCCAUUGGUGUUGUUGCUGGCGUUGUUACCGGCGUCAUUGCUGGUUCAAGCUCUGGUUCUGUCUCUGUCGACGACAGAAAAUCUUCUACUGCUUCUGAUAAGAUUGUCAUUGUCGAAGGCACCAAGGUUGAUACUCAAGUUAGCGAAGGCCAUACUUCUGUUUCCGUUGUUGAAUCUAAUGUGUCUGAAACUGGCGUUGCUGCAGUUGGCGGCAAAACCAAGAUUGAUGUUGCUGGAGAAGUUGUUGUUGGUGUUGUUGGUGUUGAUCAAGGAAGCAAGAUUUCUGGCGUGGAUACUGUUUACGUCUCGAAGGAUAGCCAUUUAUAUACCACUGAGGUGUGCACUAAUUAUGAAAAGGUUACUGAUUCUGUCUAUGGUUGGUUUGCUCGCUUUGUGGAAAAGGUAACCUCCAUGCUCGAGGUGGGCGAUUGUGCUGAGGAUGUCGAGGCGGUCAUUGUUCAAGAGAAGGCGAAGCUCCAGGUCAUUAUCGAAGAGUCUCAACAUGAAUUGUCCUCUUCAAACGCAACUGUUGUUUCCUCCAACUCUAGAGAAUGGUCUUCAUUCUACAAGAAACUCCAAGGAUCCAUUGAAACUCAAGUGUCUUCCAUUAAGAGCUCAGUUGAUGAAUGUUAUGCUGAAGGUGGCGAUAUCAAGACCCACCACAUCGAUGUUCACGCCGUCAAGGAAGAUUUUAAGAAGACUAUCUCCCAUGAACUCUCCGUAGCCAAGGUUGAAGUAUACGAAGUUGCCAAGUCUAAUGCUACCAAGGUCCAAGUUGGUCAAGUUGCUGGUGGCUCUGAAGUCGUCGUUGAUGUCUCCAAGUCUUCCCAACUAGUAGUCAAGCAACAAGAGGUCGUAUAUGAGUCUGUUGAAUAUGCUCAAGAGCAGACCAAGAAGGCUUUAGCUUGCGCUGUUGGUGAAACUCAAAAGAAGCUUGCUUUCUGGUACGAUAUCUUGUUUGCCAAGAUUAGAUCUAUUCGAAUCAACUCUGCCACUUCUUACAAGAAAGAGGUCGAUGCCAUUGUUGCUGAUGCUCUUAAAGAAGCUGCUGUUAUUAUCAACGAAUCCAAGUCUUCUGUUGAAUUCAAGUACUCUGUUUCUGGAUCCUGCUCAAGCAAAGUCGCUUCCACUGUUGAAAACUCUCAAAAGCAAGCUAUCGAAUCUUUGGAUAGCAUCUAUGUCAUUGUUACUGAGCAAGUCUCUGCCAUUCAAGAGAUUGCAUCCACCACCGAUGUUGAAGCCAUUCAAGAAAAAAUCGCUAUUGUCGAGGAGCAAUCAAGACGCAAGACACAGACAGCUCUUGAUUACACUAUUGAAACUGCUGUUUCUGCUGGCUUUGAGGAUAAGACUGUUACCUGGGUCGAAACUGCUCAAAUUCCAGCUUCUUUCAAAGACGUCAAGGUGUUUGCUUUUGAUGUAGUCGACACUAUUGUCAACUAUCGCCUUACUAUCUCCAAGGCCUGGUAUCAAUUGGUCGCACAAAAGAAGAACGCAUGCACUCUCUCCCAUAUCGAUGUUGACGCAUUUGUUAUUCGCUGGUAUGCUCUCUAUCUUGAGCAACGUUUGAAGGCCAAGCACUCUGAAAUGGACAUCUAUGUACUGAUUGCUGCCUUGAAGUUGGUUUUGGCUGAAUUCUCUAUUGAAUCCUCCUUUAAUGAAUCUGAAAUGAGAGCUCUCUCCUCUGCCUGGCUCCAUCUUGAGCUCUUUGAAGAUGCCUCUGCUAGCAUUCGUAAGAUCAAGCAAUUGGAAGGUGUCUAUGCUGUUGCUAUUUCUCAUGCUUUCACUAUCCGUACCAUGAUGGAACUUGCUCGUAGUGGUUGUCUCUGCUGGCAUGCUCAAUUCACAGCUGACAUGUUUGCUGCUUGUACUAUCAAUAACGGCACCAGCACUGAGGUAACAGUUGUCUCAAACACUGCUAUGCUUCUUGGUCUAGAGAAGGCCAGCGAGCUUGCUGUAAUUUCAUCCAACCCAGAAAUUCUCGAAGCUGCCAAAGCUUACGGCUCCAAGACUGUAUCACUCAACAGAUUUUCUACUGGAAAGAAGGAGCAUAGCUUCGACAUUGAAUUCGAUGGUCUGGAUAUUUUCGCCGAGAGCUUUGAAGCUUUUUAUGAGACCAAGGUUUUGUGCACCACCACCAAAGUUGAAGUUCCUGUCUCCCGCUCAUGGUUCCAAAGAGUCGUAUCCACUGUAGCCGACGCGGCUGAAUCUGUUAGCCAUGCCAUCAUUGGUUAA